AUUUUUUUUGCACCGACAAAUGGAAAUCGCUACAACCCACCGUCCUCGUUCCUCGUCCUAACCUCAAAAAGAGCAAAAACAAAACAAAACCAAAACGUUUUUGUUUGAGAAUUUGAAAACAUUUUCGAGAAAAAUACUUUUAAUUUUCCACCAAAAAAGCUCUAAAAAUGUCUGAAGGAGGUAGCGGAGGCAGCAAAGAUACAAAUACAAUGAAGACUCCAAUGGUUUAUAUUUGUGGGGAAUGUCACAAUGAAAAUGAAAUCAGACCACGAGAUCCAAUCCGUUGCCGUGAAUGUGGUUACCGUAUUAUGUACAAAAAGAGGACAAAAAGAUUGAUCGUAUUUGAUGCAAGAUAAAUUUACUACAAACGAAUGAGGACCCAACUGCUAGAUUAAGAUUUUUUUUCAUUAUAUUACUUAAAAACUAAAAAUUAGUUUACAACAAAAUAAACAAUAGUUAUUUGUAUAAGUAUCUACUUUGUUUCCAUAUUUAAUAAAACAUCCUAUACAUUAGAGAGUCCUAGGGCUCCUGAAUUUAGUCCUACAAAGGAUCAUGAGCUCUGGAGGAUUAGUCAUCAUGGAUUCUGGAUUUUGAAGGUGAAACCACUGGUUAUGUCUUGCCAUUUACCUUAUCUGGAUCAUGAUCAAGAGCCACAUAUAUCUGGACACUACCCCAAAUGAAAUCGGUGUGAAAAUUAUUGCUAAAACUGAAUGUACUCUUAGAAUAGUAACAAAUUGCCCUAUUCAAGAAAUGACUUGAAACUGGAAGAUAGUAGGGAGGGAUGGCCUGUCAAAGAAUAUCCUAACCUAAGUUCUUUUGCUCCAUAGUCCCUGUCCACUGUUUGUUUACAAAGUUUUUUUAAGUAUAACUAGUAUAAGUUAAAAGUUUCAAAAGAAGUUAUGGCCGAAAAUGCAGCGAAUUUUACGACAACAUACCAAAGCAAACCAUCAAUAUUCGAAGUUAUAGCAGAAAAAUCACUAGAUGAUACUUUGUACCCUGCACUCCAAAAAGUAGCCUUAUUUCUAUCCUCCAGCUUCCCUAGGAAGUUUGGCUUUUUAAAUUUUUACUAUGAUGAAGCCUUUGCUACAGUCAACACACUACUACAAUAUUAUUAUUUGAAAUAUUACGAUGCAUCAUUCUCAGAAAAUUUCUAUGGCCUCAAACGAAUACUUUUAAAUGACAAACCCCUUACUAAACAUGAUAAAGAACUUUCACUAUUGUUAUUGGUAGCUGCACCAUAUUUUAAGAGAAAAAUUGAAGAAAAACUACAAUGCUAUAGAAUAGAACAAGCAGAAGGAUAUUUAAGAAAAGAUUUUGAAGGUAUAAGAAAACAAUUCCUAAGUUACAGCCAUUCAGCAUUUGAAGUUUUAUGGCACCUAUGGAUCUUGAACAAUUACCUUCGCUACAUGGGAGGCAAAACUGACUCUCAAUUACCACUAUUACAUUUACUCAAUUUGAAAUUAGUUUAUUCUAAUGAGCAACCAAGUCAAAGUUUUUGGAUGGAAUUGUUCAAAGGCAACUUAAGAAUUUCAGAUUUGAGUUUCGGUUUAAUCAGAAAUGGUGUUAGUGCAGUAUUGGAAACCAGUGCAUUUUUCUUGCAAUUUUUGCAAGCAUGGAAUGCCCAUAGGCCUAAUUAUAAUAUAACUGAUUUACCGAAAGUUGAUGCUCCAUCUUGUGAUAUUAAAGCGAAUACGUACAGAGGAAAAUGUCCCAUUUGCUUGCAAAUUUGGCUUAUACCAACAGUUCUUCCAAUAUCUGGGUAUAUAUUUUGCUUUAAAUGCAUUUCAAAGCACCUACAAGAAAAAAAGAAAUGUCCUGUGACAAAUUUACCAGCAAGACUUCAGGAUGUUGUCCGGCUUUAUGUUGAUAGUUAGUUUUAUACCAAAAAAUGUUUUUUUCAUGAACUUUGUUACGUUUUAUGCUCUUAAUUAAUUAUAAGUUAUUGUUUUAUUAGGACAUAAUAAUUUUCCCACAAAUGCAAUAACCAUCUGAUACACAUAAAAGUUUCCAAGUUAUUAUAGGAAUUUAAAUUAUUAAAAAAGGGAUAAAAUAAAAAAAAUCCAAAUUUCACAUAUUUAUUUAUUACACCUAUAAAUUUAAACCUGUAAAAAGUAAUGAACAUGCAGAAAAAAAGAAUACAGGAAACAAAAAAACUCACAAUAUGAUGGAAAAAUAAAACACAGAAAAAAAGGAAAAUACCUGUUUCAACGUUUUCCUUCCUUGAGGGAAUCCUAUCCUUUAUAAUCCUUUUAAGAGUUUACGAUUUUAUCCUUAAGGGCGAAUUUAAUUAUGGAGGAGGGCACUUUUUCUGUCUAGCGAAUAAUCCUGAAUCGAGGAGAACAAAUCAAAGAAUGAAAUCCUUAGAGCUCCAACUUUAUUAUUUUAUUUAAGAAUCCAAGAGAAAUUCCAAAUGGACAGGAAAGCUUUUUCCAGAUUUUCAGACCUGGGACAAAACAGUAAGUAUUUAUUUUUUUAAUGUUAGAAAAAUGUGUGCGUUUUAAUUCCUGCCUCAAAAUUAUAGAUUUUCAAGUUAUUUAUAAAGAAAAAUAUUUUAAGGCAAGAAACAAUUAAAUAGGGAUUAGAGCACAUUUUGGUUUUAGGUGUUUUUAUUUACCCUUUUGUCCAGAAUAUUCCUUAGGAUCCUUUUCAUUCCUUUUUUUCUGUCCUCACUUGAUAUGAGAUCCUUAUGAUUUGAAUGUAUCCAUUUAUCAAAAUGAAGCCCAGAUAUUUGAUAUUAGUUGUGUUACAACAAGAAUCACAAAUUUUUCAAACCAAUCAGAUACUCGUUUUCAAAAUAUCUUAUUAAUCAAUUAAUUUCUAAUUUCUUGUUGGAACAAACAUAUCGGUACAUAUGUAUUUUGAAUUAUUUAAAAAAUGGCCCCCAGGUAAAAUCACUUUAAGAAAAUCCCACCCUUUAAAAAAUCCAUAUUUUCCUCCUUGUCCGCAUUAUCCGAGGUGUCCCUCCAAUUUUUAACAAGUCCCAGUAUUUUCCUUUUUAAUCCAACGUUGUUUUCUCCAACAUUAAAAAAUAAAAUACAGCAUUAGUUAAUUGUAUUACACAAUAUUGUAUAGUUAUUAUAGUUUUGUAUGUAUCAGUUUAAUUGAAUUCUUUUGAGGACUUGAUCUAGCUAUUUAUCCCCAAUUCAAAGUCAGUAAUUUUAUAAUAAAGUUUAAAAAAAAGAUUCCAAUAACACUAUUUGGACUUUUCCACCACUGUCACAAUAAAAAAAAGCAUAUGGGCAAAUUCUUACUAAACACUAAUGGGCUUCAUUACUAAGCCUAAUUCUAGUCUAAAAAAAAAUGAUAUUUAUGCAAUAUAAAGUGCUUUUUGUCAGAGCCAAAUUAUUCUUCACAACCUAGAAAGAAAUAAAAUUGUAAGACAAAUGGUGGCAUUCAUGGUAAAAACAAUAAUUUUUCCCCAGAAAAUUUAAAAAAAUAAAUAAAUAAAAAAAACCCACUUACACAAUAAAACACCUUAGGAACGGGAUCUGCUCCUGGAAUAGCUCCUCUUGACUGGACUGUAAGUUGGAGAGCCUCUUCUGCGGGGCGAGAACGAGCGCGAUCUAGACCUACCACCAGAUCUACGGCUGUCGCUGCCUCCUUUGUCUUCUUUCACACGAAUGUACGCUACUUCUCCCUCAUGAGAUCUGAAUCUCGAAUCGUCCAACUUCUUAAUGGCAUACUUCAUGUCUUCGUACCUCAGAAACUCUACAACUCCAGAGCCAUCUUUGAAGGCAUCAGCAAAACAAACAUCUCCAGCUUCUCUCAUAUGAUC